AUGACCAUCUGGGUGCUGCUGAGUAGAACGCUCACUCUCACCAUCAUCUCCUCGCGGCCCUUCUUCCCUUCUGUCAUCUCCUCCAUCAACCUGCUCGCCUAUGGAACCUUCCUGCUGCUCCUCCGCUACCGCAUCUCAGCGUUGCUCUCUGCAUUGGUUCACGCCUGUGUUGCUCUCGUCUUCCCCCUCUACUUCCUUUUCUCUUGUUUCUCUGCCUUUUCCGCCAUCCCUUCCCUCAGCACCUACCACACGGAUCCCGGAUUCAAUCCCAAGGUUGAGCCCCCACCGAGUUAUGGGGCGCUGAUCUCCAUGAGUAAGGGCACCUACCACACGGAUCCUGGAUUCAUUCCCAAGGGCGAGCCCCAACCGGGUUAUGGGAUGCCGAUUUCCAGCACUGAGGGGCAUUGCAUGGAAGAGGUGAUAGUAGUUCAAUCCCUUCUCCCCCCUGUCCCUGCCUCCAUCUCCUCCCGCCCCCAAUACCCUCACAGCACCUACCACACGGAUCCCGGGUUCAUUCCCAAGGGCGAGCCCCCAGCGGGUUAUGGGGCACAGAUCCUUAGAAGGCAAGAUGGGGAGGAGGCGAGAGGAGGAGUGCGGGCCAGUGGGCAAGUGAGGGAGUGGGAGGAGCAGCAGCAGAGACAUCGAGAUCAGCAGCAGCAGCAGCAGCAGCAGCAGCAGCAAGGGCAGCAAGGAGGGCUGGAUGGCAUUGGCUGUGUGCCCUUACCGGCUGACAAGCAGCCUGAAGCAGGCAGCAGCAGCCGUGUGAUGUUUCAACAAGCAGGGAUAGGUGACACAAGGGUCGAACUGGGUGAUGAUGUGCACGUGCAGCCGCUGCUGCAAGGAGGCAUGCACGCGGAGGGCCGAGGGGAGACGCAGGAGGAGGUGCCACUAAUCCAACAGCAAGGGCUGCAGCAGCAGCAGCAGACGCAGCCGCCGCCGCAGCCGACGCCGCAGCCGCAGCAGCAGCAGCAGCAGCAGCAGCAGCAGCAGCAGCAGUGGUGGGCGUGGUUCUGGAAACCCAGCAACUACUGCCACGAGUGUCAUGUGUGGCGGUGGGCGCGGUCGCGGCACUGCUGGAAGUGCCGUCGCUGUGUGGACCGAUACGACCACCACUGCCCCGCUAUAGGCACCUGCGUGGGUCGGCGCAAUCACCGGCUGUUCCUCCUGCUCAUCCUCGUCUUCAUCGCUGGUGAACUCACCUUUGCAGCCAGCUGCCGUGCCUUCCUAGCGUCACAUCACCUCCUUCACCUGCCCUCCACCCAACCCCUCAUCUUCCCGAACCUGGGUCCUAUAAGGAGCGUAGAGACAUCCUUCCGCAUUAAUAUCCAGGCUUUUCUGGCCCAGCCAUGGGUGGUGCUGCUCAUGCUCUGUGCCUACCUCCAAACCCUCUGGCAGGUUCCCCUGCUCCUCUUCCACCUCCUCUGCAUAGGCCAAAACGUGACAACCUAUGAGUGGGCUCGAUGGAAGAAGGUUCCUUACAUGCACUAUGAAGCCGCCGUCUCCCCAGCGACCAGAGCAGUGGCGCCCAUCUGUGCUUCAUCGGUGGCUGUGGGCAGAGAGGAGGAGACCAGGGGAAUGCCGAUGGGGGGGGGCGUUGCCACCAGAGCAGCGGCGCCCAUCUGUGCUUCAUCGGUGGUUGCGGGCAGAGAGGAGGAGCCCAGGGGAAUGCCUAUGGGCGGCGCGUUGGUGUCCACACCCACCAUGCCCGCAGCAGCUCUCCCAACAGCUGCAGUGCCGGCAGCUGUGGUGUCAGCGGCGGUGUGA